AGGAAGUGUGGCGAAGUGGCAGCAAGAGCCGUCUAAUACUGUGCAGUUUUAUAAAGAAAUCCUCUCCAGACAUGGCGCAAGCGGAUAUUGCUCUCAUUGGUUUGGCCGUGAUGGGACAGAAUCUGAUCCUGAACAUGAACGAUCAUGGCUUCGUUGUGUGUGCUUACAACAGGACGGUGUCCAAGGUGCGUGACUUCUUGCAGAAUGAAGCCAAAGGCACGAAAGUAAUUGGUGCAGAGUCUCUGCAGGAUAUGGUCUCGAAACUGAAGACUCCUCGACGCAUCAUUCUCCUCGUCAAGGCUGGGCAGGCUGUCGAUGAUUUCAUAGACAAGCUGGUUCCUCUUUUGGAGUCUGGAGACAUCAUCAUCGAUGGGGGCAAUUCUGAAUACAGGGACACAACACGUCGGUGUGGAAGCUUAAAGGAGAAAGGCUUGUUGUUUGUGGGCAGCGGAGUGAGUGGUGGAGAGGAAGGGGCACGCUACGGUCCGUCGCUGAUGCCUGGCGGACACAAGGAAGCAUGGCCACACAUAAAGGACAUCUUUCAGAGCAUUGCUGCUAAGGUGGGCACAGGAGAGCCAUGCUGUGACUGGGUUGGAGAUGAGGGCGCGGGACACUUUGUAAAGAUGGUCCAUAAUGGCAUCGAGUACGGUGACAUGCAGCUGAUCUGUGAAGCCUACCAUCUGAUGAAAGAUGUGUUGGGUAUGGAUCAUGAUGAGAUGGCGAAGGCUUUUGAGCAGUGGAAUAAAACAGAGCUGGAUUCGUUUCUUAUUGAGAUCACCGCAAAUAUUCUGAAGUACAAGGACUCUGACGGCACUCCCCUGCUGCCCAAAAUCAGAGACAGCGCAGGGCAGAAGGGCACAGGCAAAUGGACAGCUAUCUCUGCUUUGGAGUACGGUGUACCCGUCACGCUCAUCGGAGAGGCUGUCUUUGCCAGAUGUCUUUCUUCUCUGAAGGAAGAGAGAGUAGUGGCCAGUAAGAGCCUCACAGGGCCCCAGGGGGCCAAAUUUACUGGGGACAAGACUCAGUUUCUUGAGGACAUUAGAAAGGCUCUGUAUGCCUCCAAGAUCAUUUCCUACGCUCAGGGCUUCAUGCUCCUCCGCCAGGCAGCGAAAGAGUUCGGCUGGUCUCUUAAUUAUGGAGGAAUUGCUCUGAUGUGGCGAGGUGGCUGCAUCAUUCGGAGUGUGUUCUUGGGGAAAAUUAAGGAGGCCUUUGACCGUGAUACAGAGCUGCAGAAUCUGCUACUAGACAGCUUCUUCAGUAAUGCUGUACAGGACUGUCAGGAGUCAUGGAGACGAGUUGUGAGUACAGGAGUUCAACUGGGGAUCCCAAUGCCUUCCUUUACCACCGCGCUGUCCUUUUACGACGGCUACAGACACUCCAUGCUCCCCGCUAAUCUGCUGCAGGCUCAGAGGGACUACUUUGGUGCCCAUACAUAUGAGCUGCUCUCAAAACCUGGCCACUUUGUCCACACCAACUGGACAGGCCAUGGUGGGAACGUAUCCUCAACAUCUUACAAUGCCUAGAAAUCCUGUCCAGCAAAGAACAGAGAAGAAAAUCAUCUGAGAUCAAGACCAGGGACCAUGUCACCUGACCAAAACACAUUCUUCCCGCACUUCUAUCCUGUAAUACAGCCUCACUUCAAGAUUACUGAACAUUUUUAUGAUGCUUUGAAUUAACCUAGAGAUCUAUUUAUGAUGGAAUAUGAUAUCAUAGCAUGUACACUGUUUCAACCAUCUAUCUUUCUGUAAGGUAGCAGUAGGAGACACUUAAGGAGAGAGAGUAGUGUUGAUGAGGCCUCGCUUACUGUAGGUACAGCUCAGAGAUCAGAAUUUGGUGUUAAACCUGCAUUACAGUUUAUUGUUUCACUGUAUUAGGCUAAAUAAAGACUUCCAUCCAUUUUUAA